UGACCCUCAGAAAUAUACCGAAAUAUACCGCCUCUUUUUAAAAAAAAUUCCGAAGAAACGAAAGCUUGCCAAAACCAGCCAGAGGUUAAAAUAUAAUUUUGCGGUGAAAAUUAAGUCUUCUAUUUUUGUGGAACAAGCGAUUUGAUGUAACUGGUAUUUGACAAUCGACUGAUUGUAGAUUAUAACAGUUUAAAGAUGUUCGACAAGAAUAAAAAGGUUUCGGUCUUUGCCGCCUAUCGCGGCUCCGCAACCUCAAAAAAUUAUGUACAAAAAGGAACAAAGAAUUUCGACAAAAAUGGUGCCGCCAAAAAUAACAACAGGAACUUGGCCUCCAAAAAUGGGGGAAAGCUGAAGGGUCCGCUAAAAAGGAGCGGUAGCUAUAGCGACGGCGACAACGGCAGCAGCAGCAGCAGCGGCGAAGACGAGGAGGACGACAGCACCGACAGCAGAGAAACUCCGGCUUAUACUCGUGAGUCACUGAAGCGUCGCAACGAUGAGGCGGAGGGCAGCAAGCCCAUCGGCGCCAAGCGUACUUCAUCCACUCCAGUCGGCCAGAAAGACGAGGAGGACGACAGCACCGACAGCAAUGGUGAAUUGUAUGAUUCGUCCGAGAGUGGCGAGGAAUACACGCUGAACAGCCACUCGUCUCAAUCCUCGCCAGAAACUCCGGCUAAUACUCGUGAGUCACUGAACCGUCGCAACGAUGAGGCGGAGGGCAGCAAGCCCAUCGGCGCCAAGCGUACUUCAUCCACUCCAGUCGGCCAGAAAGACGAGGAGGACGACAGCACCGACAGCAAUGGUGAAUUGUAUGAUUCGUCCGAGAGUGGCGAGGAAUACACGCUGAACAGCCACUCGUCUCAAUCCUCGCCAGAAACUCCGGCUAAUACUCGUGAGUCACUGAACCGUCGCAACGAUGAGGCGGAGGGCAGCAAGCCCAUCGGCGCCAAGCGUACUUCAUCCACUCCAGUCGGCCAGAAAGACGAGGAGGACGACAGCACCGACAGCAAUGGUGAAUUGUAUGAUUCGUCCGAGAGUGGCGAGGAAUACACGCUGAACAGCCACUCGUCUCAAUCCUCGCCAGAAACUCCGGCUAAUACUCGUGAGUCACUGAACCGUCGCAACGAUGAGGCGGAGGGCAGCAAGCCCAUCGGCGCCAAGCGUACUUCAUCCACUCCAGUCGGCCAGAAAGACGAGGAGGACGACAGCACCGACAGCAAUGGUGAAUUGUAUGAUUCGUCCGAGAGUGGCGAGGAAUACACGCUGAACAGCCACUCGUCUCAAUCCUCGCCAGAAACUCCGGCUAAUACUCGUGAGUCACUGAAGCGUCGCAACUAUGAGGCGGAGGGCAGCAAGCCCAUCGGCGCCAAGCGUACUUCCUCCACUCCAGUCGGCCAGAAAGACGAGGAGGACGACAGCACCGACAGCAGUGGUGAAUUGUAUGAUUCGUCCGAGAGUGGCGAGGAAUACACGCUGAACAGCCACUCGUAUCAAUCCUCGCCAGAAACUCCGGCUAAUACUCGUGAGUCACUGAAGCGUCGCAACGAUGAGGCGGAGGGCAGCAAGCCCAUCGGCGCCAAGCGUACUUCAUCCACUCCAGUCGGCCAGAAAGACGAGGAGGACGACAGCACCGACAGCAGUGGUGAAUUGUAUGAUUCGUCCGAGAGUGGCGAGGAAUACACGCUGAACAGCCACUCGUCUCAAUCCUCGCCAGAAACUCCGGCUAAUACUCGUGAGUCACUGAAGCGUCGCAACUAUGAGGCGGAGGGCAGCAAGCCCAUCGGCGCCAAGCGUACUUCAUCCACUCCAGUCGGCCAGUCGACAUCGGCUGCCAGCAAGAAGAAUACGGUUCCAGUCAAGGUGGAGGUGGCGACGCCAAACCGCGCGUUGCUGUCCCCACAGUCGAUCGAGAUGGAACCAGGGGACAGCAUGUUUUGCAGAAUUAAAAUCGGUGUAAUUAAAUCUGUUCAACCCGGAGGUGAUGUAGGAGCAGAGGCUGGCGCUGGUCAGGCCGUAAACCGCCUGGAGCCAUGCCAUGAAGUGCACAAGGAAAACAGCAUUGAAGUGGGAAAGCGGACCCUGGCUCAGCUCAUUGCUCCGAUGACUAUGGCCACUUUUUUGCGUGACCACUGGGAAAAGAGUCCAUUUAGAGUGAUAACAACGACCUCAGGUGGAUUCUCCAAUCUAAUAUCGUUCAAGAUGAUCGACAAAAUGCUGAUCCAGAACCACGUGGAGUAUACCACCAACAUCGAUGUAACAAGCUAUGAGGACGGCGUGCGGAAGACCUUGAACCCUGACGGUCGUGCCUUGCCCCCUAGCGUUUGGGCCCACUAUCAACGCGGCUGCAGCAUCCGUAUCCUGAAUCCCUCCAGCUACCUUGUCCAGCUGAGGCAGUUGUGCGUCAAGCUGCAGGAGUUUUUCCAUUGCCUGGUGGGGGCCAAUGUCUACCUGACGCCCCCCGAGAGCCAGGGAUUCGCACCGCAUUACGAUGAUAUUGAAGCCUUUGUUCUCCAGGUGGAGGGCAAGAAGCGCUGGCGCAUCUACGCCCCCACCAAAGAACUGCCCCGUGAAUCGUCGGGCAACCUCAGCCAGACCGAAUUGGGCGAUCCCAUAAUGGAUAUAGUACUGAUGCCCGGCGAUCUCUUAUACUUCCCACGCGGCUGGAUCCACCAGGCCAUCACAGAGAAGGACUCCCAUUCGCUGCACAUUACCCUCAGCGCCUACCAGCAGCAAUCGUACGCCAAUCUGAUGGAGAAGCUCAUGCCCCUGGUUGUUAAGGAGAGUGUCGAGCAGACCUUGAAGCUGCGCAAGGGGCUUCCGCUGGAUAUCUUUCAGAACCUUGGCGUGGCCAACGCCGAAUGGAACGGCGUGCAUCGCCAAAAGUUGAUACAGCAUAUCCAGAAUCUAGCACAGCGUCUGAUGCCCACCGAGGGUCAGAUCGAUCGGGCCUUGGACCAAUUGGCCAUAAAAUUCCAGCACGAGGCCCUGCCACCCACCAUUGCGCCCCAGGAGUUGAAACGCACUGUAUACGGUGCACAGGCUACCGCCGAUAAGACUGGCCAUUGCUCACUUGAUUACGAACUCGCAGAGGGGACUGCAGUGCGUCUGCUGCGUGCCAAUAUCGUACGCCUGACGGUCGACGAGGGUGACCUGCGCUGCUACUACUACACGGACAAUGGUUUGGAGUAUUGUAAAUAUGAGCCAAACUUCUUUGAGCUGGAACCGUUCCAUGGUACUGUUAUUGAGACGCUAAUUCAUGCCUAUCCCGAUUAUACAAAGAUCAAAGAUCUACCCCCGAUGGGAAACGAUGAAGACCGCUUGGAGUUUGUCGAAGCCCUCUGGGAGCGCGGAAUCCUUAUGGUUGAGAAGCCCUUCAAAAAAGUAUAGGCUCGGGAAUUCUUCCCCCCUCAAAAUAAACGAACCCAAAGCGAGAGUCUAGUCCUAGUAAUCUAAGAUAUUCCCUGUUCUGUUCACCAUUUGUAAUUUUUGUUAGCCCGCAGUGUCUUUAAUGUUAUGUGUCGAGUCCUAGGGCAGCGCCAACAGCAUGAAAAUUAACAAGAACAUUAAUUAAAAGAACAAAUAAAUAAUCCAAGGGAUGCAA